CUCUGCUGCAGUGACAAAGUAUAUCAGCGUUUAGCUUUUAGCCACCGGGCCUCGUACUGCAGCAGCGUUCAGGCCAAAUCCUGCCCACAUGUCACCAGAUACCAACAAAGCCGGAAAUUGGAAAUCUCAGUAAUCACACAAAGGAGGUGGAAAAGCCAGAAAAAGCCAAACAGGUGGUUGCCAACAGCCAGUGGGGCAGACAUGGGCGAUACUGAGAAUGUGAAAGCAGAGGAGCUGCUCGUUUCAUCAGAAGAGCAGCAGCAAUAUGUAAUUCUGCACUGCCCCACUGAUAGUCAUCAGCAUUCUCUGACUGGGGAAUCUCCCCUUCAACAUGACUCAUUGAAGGAGAAGGAGAUUGAGGCAGAGGGCGGGACUGAUGGCAUAAUUGAGCAGUCUGAAGACGACCAAAACAUCUUGCCAGCACAGAGGACCAUUAGGCCAACCAUGGAGCCAGUACCCUUGCAAACGACUGACAUAAAUCAAAAUAUGCCCUGUAAGACAGAACUCUUGGAACCGUUCAAACAGGACAAUAAAUCAGACGUUCCCUCAUGUGAAGCAGAUGCUGACCCAGACCCAGAUUAUGACCCUAAGAUUAGCCUUGAUGGCAACCAACAGGGUUCAUGCAUGUUCAUCUGUCAGCACUGUCAAAGGCGGUUUAAUACCAAGCAAAGCCUCGAACGACACAUGCAUGCCUUGUCAUCCUGCAACACACAGCUAUUUAAAUGCCGCUACUGCCGAAAGUGUUUCAGUACACAGUUCCUUCGACGACGGCAUGAGAAAAGACAUAACACUAAUAGAAGGACAGGCGGGCUUAUAAUUAGCCCUGCUCCACAGGUUGUUAGAGAGACUCAGGGAAUGGUCUCUUCGCAAGAGGAACAUCAGCAUGCCCUAAUUUCCCAGUCAGUCAGCAACUCUCUUGUGACUGAUUUAGAAGGAAGAGGUGACUCGGAUGAAUUUGGAAAGACUAAGUGCUCUUUUGCCUGCAAGUACUGCAAAAAAGCGUUUGGAACUCACACCAGCUUACGAAGACAUGAGCGCCGGAUACACGAGCGUCGUCUGUUACCCAGAGGAAUCCGUCAGAAAGUUGUACACUUAAAUGGGGUUCAGGUUCAGCAUUCCAGUGGUGCCCCAGAAACCUCUUCCAAUGCACAACACCGUGAUGAGGUCAGGCAAGAAGAGGAGUAUAUGGUGGAUAUUUCCAGCAACAUCUCUGAGAACCUCAGCUUCUACAUUGAUGGGAAGAUAAUCUCCACCAGUGCUGUCAGUAAUUGCGAAGUGAUGGAGCUGAAUUCUGCUACUGCUGUGAUUGGGCUGGAUGCCUUUAUCGUCAACCCAGCUCAAAUUACACAGGCCCUGAAAAUAGAGUCUAAUGAUGGAAACAUGACCUCUGACCUCAGUGGUCAGUCCUCUGGCAGAAGGAGGACAUCUACCCCACCUUUACUGCCACAAAUCAAAACUGAACUGGAGUCUGAAUCUAUCUUAACAACACCUUCCCCUGCCUCAGAAGGUACAUUGAUUGGCACUGUUUUCCCCCAGACAUUAGAGACAAUCGUUUUACAAAAAGAAAAAACUAUUUACCUCUCCCCCAAGCUAAAGCAGCUCCUACAGAACCAGGAUGGCAGUAAGUCAUCAUUUUCUCAGAUCAGCGAAGGUCAAAAACUUUGCCCACCUUUAUCACUAACACUUUUACCGGCAGCAAGUAGCAGGUUUAAGAGAAGGACAACAUCUCCGCCUAACUCUACACAGCAGAGCAAUGCAUCAAUGCCAAAAUCGACCAUUGUACAGGAAACUGAUUCUUCUGCACCUAAAGUGCCAAAGAUAGACAGUCACUGCACAUCUACUGUGAUUAGCCUAUCUAAAAAAGAAGAAAUGGAAACUGUCACUCCAGCUACAGACAGUACUGAAACCAUUCAGGAAGUUUUGCCAUUGGACUGCUCUGCAUCAGGAACUGGUGGCAGGUCAUGCAAUCAGCAGCCACUAGAUCUUUCCAGUGCUGUGGGUAAGAGAGACAGUGAGGUCUUAGCUGAUUGUGUUCUGGAUUUGAGCAUGAGCAGAAAGGGUACAGAGUCUGACCCAACUGGAUUUUUAGCCUUCCAGACAUCAGUUAGAAAGACUAAACCCAAUUCAAGCAUGCUGGAGAAAGUACUGCUAAGCCAGUAUGCUGUAGCUGAUGUUCCUACACAAGGAGAUGAAAAUACUCGCUUACCACCAGUGUCUGAGUCAGUUCCUGCUAACCCUGAAAGGUUUGAGCUGCCUCCACCCUCUCCUCCUGCGCUGAAUGCAACCCCAUCUCUGCCAAAUGUUGCUGCACUGCACACUGCCUCUCCAGCCCAGCCCCUUUCAGCUACUCCAGAGUCCACAGAGAUAUUCUUACCAGCUGCACAAACAUCCACAACAAAUCAAGAUCUUCACCCUAUCUGCUCCACUGCUCAAUCCUCCAGUCCUGUAGCGCUCAACACUCCUGUGGAGCUUUCUGUCGGAAACCCUUUGGCAGCUUUUAACGUGUCUCUUCCCAAUUGGCUUAAUUCUGCCCCUGGAAGUGUGACCCAUGCGCUCAUCCCUACAACCCCAACUCUAAGUUUACAAGGUCCUCAGUUUCUUACCGAUGCACCAGUGUGUGAACUAGCACAAAGGACCUUGGUGAUUGAUUCAGUCUUGUCACCUGAAGCACAUCUAAUUUCUCCUGUGUUGGUAAACCAGUCAAACAUCAGUUCCCUGAGCUUUUCUCCAAAUGUGGUUGUUAUUGAGUACACUGUUGCACUGGAGUCGUCUAAUGCCACCCCUGUACCCCAAACUAAUGCUGUUCACUCUCUUUUUGAUAAAACACCACCAGAUCACACUGAGGCACAAGAGCUCCAGCCUUCAUCUGAACUACAGACUGCCAACAUCGAACCAUCGGUUCCAGAACUGCCAGAGGCUGGCACUGUUGAGGCUCAAGAUCACGGAUUGGACUCAUCCUCUCCUGGAGAAUCAUUAGACCAUUCAGUAGGUGCAGUACUGUCAUCACCUGUUCCCAGUGUUUCAGAAAAAGCAGAGACGACAGUGGAGGCUGCAGAACAUUCAUCCUCCACGGAUAAUCUCAAAGUGGAAACCUCAGACAUUUCCAUACAGCACAAACCUAUGACUGAGGAGCAAUCACCCUUGCCUCCUCUAUGCAAGCGUUUUAUGUGUAAUGCCUGUAAUGGACUCUUCCAGUCCAUGAAGGGUCUGACUCAGCAUAUUGGUGAACACUCAGACACUUGGCCAUAUAAGUGUGAAUUUUGUGUGCAGCUGUUUGAGAGUGACACUGGUUUAUUUGAGCACCGAUCCAGUUAUCAUGGCAUUGGUAAAAUCUAUGCCUGCAGAAUAUGCUCCAAAGAAUUUGCCUUUCUUUGCAACCUAGAGCAACAUCAUCGAGAUCUUCAUCCUGGUCAGGAAUGCUCACACACUGAAGUAGAAAAUGGUAAGUUAAGACCUGAAAACCAUAAUAGUCCAGUAAGAGCUGGUACUGUUAGCAUAGAGAGUCCUACAAAAGACAAAUAUGGCAAGUCUUACCAAACAGCUCCAAAACCAGAGGCUGACAAUAACUAUGAAAACACUACUGAGGAGUUGUACACUACUAUUAAAAUUAUGGCAUCUGAAGGCGUCAAACCCAAAGUUACAGAUGUGCGGCUUGGCAUUAACCAGCAUUACCCUAGUUUUAAGCCACCUCCAUUUCCAUAUCACAACCGAACACCAGUCAGCCCAACCACCACCACGGCCACUAACUUCACCACUCAUAAUAUCCCGCAGACAUUCAGUACUACAGUUCGCUGCACCAAGUGUGGCAGAGGCUUUGACAACAUGCCUGAACUGCACAAGCACAUAUUAGCCUGUGCUAAUGCUAGUGACAAAAAACGCUAUACUCCAAAAAAGAACCCCAUUCCACUAAAGCAGUUUGCAAAAGUGCAAAGUGGAGUUCUGUUGCCUGCUAGAGGAGUCAAUCUUAGACAGAACGUCUCUCAAAAACUUGGACACCCAAAAAAGCUCCAUUGCCAUGAGUCAGAAGCUAAGACAAAGCUGAGCACUCAUAGUAAGAGGAAAUCUAUGUGGGUACAGAGAGGCAGGCCAGUAGGGCGAAAGAGUUCACAGGAUGAAAUGGAGGUUUAUGUUUGUCCUCACUGUAGCAGAGAGUUCACUUACCAUGCCAGCUUGAAGAAACAUAUGGCUUUCAGCUGCCCGAUGAAACCUAUUUGUAGGAAGCCUCCAAAAAGAAAAAGUAGCAUUGCGCCAACACAGGAAAACCAUGGCCGUAUCCGUACACGUGUAUCAGAUGUAAUAAUAAAACCACAAAAGUUAAAUCAAGGACAGAAAUCCUUGGCAAAAACACAUACUCACGGGUCUGGUUCAGCCAGCAAUGUGAAUCUACCAGUCAAGGCUCAAAUUGGCAAAGGGAAAAUUACUGUGCGUAAUUUUAGGUCCAAAACAUCUGAUAUUCUCUCAAGCUCAGCAGUUCACAUAAGUAAAAAAAGUAGACUCAUUCUAAUGGAAGCAAUUCAGUCACCGUUGGCAUCGAAGUCCUUAGUAGCACUAGGGAAAUCUCAGCACCAGAGCGAUGGGGAAAAUAGUAUGGAGAGGAAAAUAAAGCACAGAAGUGUGGCGUUGAAGCCCGGUACAGAGGAACAGUUCUCUCUGCGAGUGAGAGGUCCCAUUACUCGCAGUGUACAGCAGUCUACAUCUAAUGAUGCAUCUAAUACUAACACAAAGUCUAACUCAGUUAAUCCAGACAAAUGCUUAGUCCAGACAGAUGAUCAGGAAGUCACUGCAUAUCAAGCAGUUGCAGAGUCAAAGAAAUAAAGUCAAGAGAAAAUAAAGUCCAAAAUGGAAUUAAUAAAGAAACUCAUUAUCUGUAAAUAUUAUCCACUGAAGGUUAUAUGUUUAUAAUAGAAAGUUUGAACAUUAUAAGGAAUGAAGAUGAUUGUGAAUUACCUGUGCUCAAAAGUGCAGUGUCCUUUUAACAUGGGCACUAGUUUAUAGUGAACUAACACUACAACUUCGGUGGCAUACAUGCAUUCAUAUAUAUCACCUCUAAUGGUUUCACAUUCUUAGCCCUUAAAUACCCAACACUGCACUUUUUACAGUUUUGAAUAUUAUAUAUAUAAAGGUGGGUUGAAAUAUUCCUAUAAACAUGAAGAUAAAGAAAAUUGUCUAUGAAUAUGUAUGCACUGAUUGCGAGGGUCUCCAGUAAUUUAUCAUUUAGAAUAUUACAUUAUAGAACAUUAUAUAGUGUAGAUAUAUAAUGUUCUCCUUUAAGGUCUAUUAAUCCGAAUAAUCCCUUAUCUAAAUAAUGCACUUAUUUUGUACAGUUUAUCAAUAUCAGCUUUUCCAUAUGUAAAUCGGUGCAGUAGCUAGAGUCCGGGCUAUUGCUCAUUCUCAUUAUUCAUGUACUAAUUUAACUAAAAACAUUAACAGACUUGAUAAAAAUUCUGUCGUUUAUUUUUUUAUUUUCUAUAUGCACUUUAUUAGAAUCGUUUGUUUCAAAUUGCAAUAAUUGGCUAUUGGAAGACCUUAGUGAAUUACUCAAGAGUUCAAACAAGAAUACAUAUACACCUCAUUAAGCAGACUAUAUUAAUUUUGCUAUUUAUUAAUGCACCAUAUAUAUAUGAUAUUUAUUUUCAUACAUGUUAAUGUGAUGGCAGGUAGAUUUUGAUUUGUUGCCCAUUUAAAGGCACACUUUCUUAUGGGCUAGGUUGCAUGGUAAAGUGUUCAUCAAAAUAAAAACAGUAAGUAAAACUGGUUCAGCAUGUCACUUUCUCAGUGUGUGUUUUUUUUUUAUCAUCACUGUAAAUGGGCUAACAAUCUGAGAAAGGAAAUAUGUGGUCUGUUCUGAGACUCUUAAGCACAUAUGAUGAGCUCUGUGUAGCAUUUGUUGUGUUAAUUAUAUCGGUGUCCUUAUAUGUGUAUGUUUUAAAAGCAAUUGUUCUGUGAUUUGCACAAUCCAUGUGUAUAAGCCUAUAAUGUGUUGAAUUUUGGGGAACAGUACCAUCAAUACCAAUUGGGGGGGGGGGGGGGGGUUCUGGUGAGAAUGUAGCUUUACUGAGGCAAGCUGCUUUAAUGAGAAGUUAUAUUUUGCUCUGGCCCUGAUGGAUUGGUGUUAGAUUAGGAUUUGUCAAAAAUAUCAUACUUUUUGUUGUUGUUGUUGUUAUAAUAGAUAAAUGAACGGUAAUAAGGGUUCAUGGGUAGAAGUUUACAUUAUGGCCCAUCACAUAAAAAUGGCCUGUUGAUUAGCUGACAAAAUGAGUUUUUUUCUAAUAAAAGAUUAGUAUAAAAUCAAAGUACAUAAGCAUGGACGUAUAGUCUCAAACUUGAACACAGCUGAUUAUUAAACAGUUGAUAUUAAUCAGAUUGUGGUCUGAGACAAUCCUGACCUUGAAAAUGAAAUGACCCGAAUCAUUGCACAAAUACUAGGUUUAAUUUAAGACUCAUUUUCGCACCUUGUUAAUCAGCACAUACCAUGAAGCCGAAAAUAUCUGCUCUCAUACUACAAAACUAAAAUCACGACACUCAUGUACUUAACCUGAUGGAGAAGCUGUGAAUAAAGGGAUCUAGAAAUCCUGAUUUACUUGUGAUAUGUCUGUGGAAAUCUGAUGUUAACAUCCAAAGCAUGUCUGUUUGAGCCACAGUGCUUUUGAAAUGCUGUUAUGUAUAUUGAAAUAAACUGCUGUGUGAUAAAUG